AUGUUGUCUCUCCGGCACUAUGCGUCUUUCUCGUUGACAAGCACACGGCACCGUGCAGCACGACGCCUGAUUUGCAGAGGGGUAGCAACCAGCGCGUCGAGGCAUCAACUUCUGAGCGCGCUGACUGCUCGCGGCUUCAUCGCAGACAUAACGCAUCGAGAUGAAUUCGAGAAGGAAUCCCAACGGCCUCGUCCCCAUAGGCUGGUCGCGUACUCGGGUGUAGACCCGACCGCCGACGCAUUUCAUGUCGGGCAUUUGGUACCCCUCAUGUGCUUGUUGCAUUUUCAGAUACAUGGUCACCGAAUCAUUUCCCUUAUUGGCGGUGCGACGGGCCUCGUCGGUGACCCCUCCGGACGUAUAAUUGAGCGCCAGCUCGCGCGCACCAGUGCCAUCGAAGGCAACGUCUCCAAGCUUACCUCCGGCAUUGAGAAGUUCUUCGAAAAGGCCCUCAAAUACGCGUCAUCUCGAACACGCGUUGACCCGAAGGAAUGCACCAAACCAGAGAUCCUGAACAACUUGACGUGGCACAAAGACAUGAGCAUGUUGCGCUUCUUGAGGGAAGUCGGGAGCGUGAACCGCGUCAACACCAUGCUAGCGAGGGAGAGCGUCCAGACCCGGAUGAACUCCGCGUCCGGCCUCACCUUCACUGAAUUCACUUACCAGCUCCUGCAAGCCUAUGACUUCUACGAGCUCCGGCGCCAGGUCGGGUGUCGGAUCCAAAUCGGCGGCUCCGACCAGUGGGGUAACAUUGUCGCUGGCAUCGACCUCAUCAACCGCCUCGGGCCACCGAACGAAAAGAUGGAUCCCUCGCUUCAGACAAGCGAGGGUGCCAGUCCACAGACCGAUACGACCCCUAGGGCGUACGGUAUUACCACACCGCUGCUCACUACGGCGAACGGCGAAAAGUUCGGCAAGAGCGCGGGUAACGCGGUAUGGCUGGACAAGGAAAAAACGAGUCCAUUCGACUUCUAUCAGUUCUGGCUUCGAACAGCUGACGCGGACGUGGAACGCUACCUGAAGCUGUUCACCCUACUACCCCUUACCCGUAUCGAAGACGUGAUGGCAGAACAACGAGCACACCCGCAGAAGCGCCCCGCUCAGCAACUGCUGGCGCGCGAAGUGUCCGAACUCGUGCACGGCGCGACGGGUACCAGCCGCGCGCUCUCAAUGACCGACGUCCUCUACGGCUCCGGCGACCAAUUCGAGUCCGUGACCGCCGAUCAAAUCAUUGCCUCGAUGGAGGGUGACGGCCGGCUCCGCUUCGUGUCCGAGGCAGAGCUUUUCAGCAAGCCGCUCAUGGUGCUCUCAAAGACCCACGGGCUGACGCGUUCCGGCGGCGCGGCCAAGACACUCGCGAAAACUAACGGGUUCUAUGUGAACGGCCACCGGCGGUCGGAUGUGUACGUCAAGUUGAAGCCCGAUGAACUCAUUGACGGGCGCGUCGCAGUCAUGCGAACCGGGAAGAGGAACACGGUGGUCCUCGUCCGGGAAUGA